UGCUAACACGAAAAAUCUUUGUUGAUUCUGUUUUGAAUAUUGUGUUUAUGGUUGGUGUGUGUGUGUAUGUUAUGUUUGGUAAGAGUUAAUUGGAGGCCAGGAUAAGUCUAUUACUGAAAUUGUUGCUCAGAAGAAACCCCAUACAUACUAAUUUCCAUUUCCGGUGGUGAGCAACAUUUCUGGGUCAUGGAUCGGAAAUAUAAUCACCGGCUGCUGACCCACGUCCACCUCAUCUCUGAGCCGAUUAUAGACAGAGGGCCGGUACAAUACGGUUCUCCGGCCCCAGCAAAACGACGUGUGGUGCAGCAGCAGCAGCCACAGACGCGUGAUGUGCGUCCGCGUCUGCUGCUGCAUACGCCUGAGGUGCAUCCACGUCUGCUGCUGCGUACGCCUAAGGUGCGGCCGCCUCUGCUGCAGACACCUGAGGUGCGGUCGACAUCUGAGGCCGAGGCGCCUCUACUGCAGAUACCUGAGCCGCGGCGGCCUCUGCUGCAGACACCUGAGAUGCGGCCGCCUCUGUUGCAAACACCUGAUGCACGGCGGCCUCUGCUGCAGACACCUGAUGUGCGGGAGCCUCUGCUGCAGACACCUGAUGUGCGGGAGCCUCUGCUGCAGACACCUGAUGUGCGGGAGCCUCUGCUGCAGGCGCCUGAUGCGCGGCCGCCUCUGCUGGAGACGCCUGAGGUGCGGGAACCUCUGCUGCAGACACCUGAGGUGCGGGAGCCUCUGCUGCAGACACCUGAAGCACGGCUGCCUCUUCUGCAGACACCUGAUGUGCGGCCCCCUCUGCUGCAGAAGCGGGAUUCGCGACCGCCUCUGCUGCAGGCACCUGAUUCGCGGCCGCCUCUGCUGCAGGCACCUGAUUCGCGGCCGCCUCUGCUGCAGGCGCCUGAUUCGCGGCCACCUCUGCUGGAGACGCCUGAUGCGCGGCCGCAUCUGCUGGAGACGCCUGAUGCGCGGCCGCAUCUGCUGGAGACGCCUGAUGCGCGGCCGCAUCUGCUGGAGACGCCUGAUGCGCGGCCGCAUCUGCUGGAGACGCCUGAUGCGCGGCCGCAUCUGCUGGAGACGCCUGAUGCGCGGCCGCAUCUGCUGGAGACACCUGAUGCGCGGCCGCAUCUGCUGGAGACGCCUGAUGCGCGGCCGCAUCUGCUGCAGACGCCUGAUGCGCGGCCGCCUCUGCUGCAGUCGCCUGACGCGCGGCCGCCUCUGCUGCAGUCGCCUGACGCGCGGCCGCCUCUGCUGCAGUCGCCUGACGCGCGGCCGCCUCUGCUGCAGUCGCCUGACGCGCGGCCGCCUCUGCUGCAGUCGCCUGACGCGCGGCCGCCUCUGCUGCAGGCGCCUGACGCGCGGCCGCAUCUGCUGGAGACUCCUGAGGCGCGGCCGCAUCUGCUGGAGGCGCCUGACGCGCGGCCGCAUCUGCUGGAGGCGCCUGACGCGCGGCCGCAUCUGCUGGAGGCGCCUGACGCGCGGCCGCCUCUGCUGCAGGCGCCUGACGCGCGGCCGCCUCUGCUGCAGGCGCCUGACGCGCGGCCGCCUCUGCUGCAGGCGCCUGACGCGCGGCCGCCUCUGCUGCAGGCGCCUGACGCGCGGCCGCCUCUGCUGCAGGCGCCUGACGCGCGGCCGCCUCUGCUGCAGGCGCCUGACGCGCGGCCGCCUCUGCUGGAGACGCCUGACGCGCGGCCGCAUCUGCUGGAGACGCCUGACGCGCGGCCGCAUCUGCUUGAGACGCCUGACGCGCGGCCGCAUCUGCUGGAGACGCCUGACGCGCGGCCGCAUCUGCUUGAGACGCCUGACGCGCGGCCGCAUCUGCUUGAGACGCCUGACGCGCGGCCGCAUCUGCUUGAGACGCCUGACGCGCGGCCGCAUCUGCUGGAGACGCCUGACGCGCGGCCGCAUCUGCUGGAGACGCCUGACGCGCGGCCGCAUCUGCUGGAGACGCCUGACGCGCGGACGCCUCUGCUGGAGACGCCUGACGCGCGGCCGCCUCUGCUGCAGACGCCUAAUGCGAGGUCACGUCUGCUGCAAACACCUGAGGUUCGUUCACCUCUCUUGCGAACGCCUGAUGCGCGGCCGGCUCUGCAGCAGACAUUUAAGGCGCGGCCGUCUCUGCUGCGGACGCAGCUGCUGGUGCAGCAGAGCCAACAUCCGUCUAUGACACAGGGCCCUGUGGUAACUGUAGCUACGCCACAAGUGAUGAGCGCAGUCACAGAGGCAGAUCAAAACCCAAGUUCUAGAAAGCAGCAGAAAAUUUGUCAUCAUGGCCAUCAACAAACAAAUAUUGCCGCUGAAACUUAUUCCCCAUUUUUUGAAGACGGCAGAGAAAAGGAAAAGUACUGGAAGGUCUGCUUCCAGUAAAGGAAAUAAUUGGUCACUGGCUGAUAUGUUAACAUUUUUAAACAAAAUGGAUCACAAGCGAGUAAGUACAUCCAACGACGUUGCGGCAGAUGAAGUGCAAAGCCCACAAUAUGAUGGUGAACUGAGUAACAGAGAGGUGUGCCAGACAUUGCCAACUUUGUCAGAAAAAGAAAUUUUUUUCUGAAGACAUGGAAGACAUCGCAUCAUUCAGACCACCCAGGAAAAGGUCACAACAAAAUGAAAAAAAUCAUGGAGUUGAUGAUUCUAAGCAGGCCAAGAGAAAAACUAAUGAAAAGACUGCCUGAAGUGUGAUGAUGGCAUCGAUUUAUUUUUUAAAAGUAUCGCCUGCAGUGUAAAAAAAUUUGAUCAAUGAAGUCAAAUUGAGAUCCUUGCAGAUGCUUAUUGAUUUGGAGAAUCACAGUUAAUUUGAAUACUACUCUUCCAUGCGUCUUUCAUCUCAAAGUACUUUUUCAUACUCA